GCAUUAACGCGCCAAGGAGACCGCUUUCUGCUGCAUCCAUGGACGGAACAAAGCCGGUGAUGGAGUCCAGCGCCGAGGAGGCUCAGGAUGAGGGGCAGGAGAGUAAAGGAUGCUUCGAGUGCUGCAUCAAGUGUCUGGGGAGGGUGCCCUACCCCUCGCUGGUGGCCACCAUCCUCUGCUUCUGCGGUGUGGCUCUGUUCUGCGGCUGUGGUCACGUGGCACUGACCAGCACCCUCACCAUGCUGGAGAACCACUUCUCCACGGUCACCACCGACCAUGCCACCCUCACCGCCGUGAUCCAGGUCUUUCAGUACAUCAUCUACGGCAUCGCCUCCUUCUUCUUCUUGUACGCCAUCAUCCUGCUGGCUGAGGGCUUCUACACCACUGGGACCAUCAAGAAGGAACUGCAGAGCGACUUCAAGACGACCGUCUGCGGGCGCUGCCUCACCGCCUUCUUCAUGGUUCUGACCUACAUCCUGGCGCUGGCGUUCCUGGCCAUCUUCUGCUUCACGGCCAUCCCGGUCUUCGUCUUCUUUAACAUGUGGAACACCUGCGCCGGCCUCAGGUCUCCGGACUCCAACAUCACCUUCCCCGACUCCGUCUGCGUGGACGUCAGGCAGUACGGUGUCAUCCCAAUGAACGCCACUCCAGGAAAAGCUUGUGGAACCACACUGGUGGACGUCUGUAACACCAGCGAGUUCUACCUCUCCUACCACCUCUACAUCGUGGCGUUGGCUGGCGCCGGAGCCACAGUCAUCGCACUGCUCCACUUCCUGAUGAUCCUAGCGGCCAACUGGGCCUAUCUGAAGAGCGCGGCGUCCACGCACGACUACCAGGACAUCAAGACCAAGGACGACCAGGAUCUGGAGGCCGAAGCUCGCUCCAAGGAGGGCCAGAACUCCUCCUCCUACUCAUAAGGACAGGAGAUCCUGCCCUGCCAUCGCCCGCUUCCUCUCCACACCUCCACUCCUAACACCCAGUAACAUCCAGAGCUGUUCCUCACUCCGAUAAAACCAUCUCGGUCAUGUUUGAUGGCCCGCCAACGCCCUGACUCUCCAUCCUCUUCGCCUUUCCGGGGUGCCAACCUGAGAAAGGUGCACGCCCCAGGGGGGAGGAGCAUUGAGGGUCAGGCGGCGAGCCUGGACGGAGGCGGGAGAGCACGCCUGCCCGCCCGCUGGGGCGGGGAGCGGCUUCCCCCCCGCGCUCUGGGCGGCUCGUGAAGGUGGCCCGGCUUUGAGGCCCCUCGCCGCCUCUUAAAAAAAAAAGUGAAACCAUCUUUGUCCUCCGUCCGCUCCGGCUCGGGGAAGACGGGCAGCGACCAACUUCCUUCGUUUUUGGUGUUUUAUAUGCAUAUAUAUAUGAAUAUGAAUAUAUAGUGUGAAUGUGAAUGAAAGUUGUUGUUUUCUUUUUUAAAUUACUCUCUGAAAGGAAUGCCAGCUUUGUUUUUUGGGAUCAAACCUUCUUUCCUUCCUUUCCUCAUCUUGAUUUUUUAAUUGCUAAUUUUCCAGUUAUUGUUGCACUAUUGAAGAAUUUAAACAAAGGGGUGGAGCAAAAAGACUCCCCAGAUCUCGAAGAAAUUUAAAAAAUCUGAGGAGUUAUUGUACAUUUUCAUACUCUGUUUUACUGCCAAAUAGUGGUCUGGCCCCGCACCCUCCCCAAUUGGUUUGGAUCAGGUGUAAUGAUCGGAGGGGGGCGGUAGUUUCUGGCGUCUGAGCAGAUCUGAUCCCGGACGAGCCCCCAGCGGUGAAUGAAUUUCACCUGUAAAUAGCCGAUUGAGCUCCACGAGGGGAUGCAGCUCUCAUUAUUUUUCCACCGAUAAAUGUACCUUUUGAGAUAUGUGUUUAGCACUCCAAUACUAGUUCUGCAUUUGCUACGCUAAUUGUAACGUAAGAUCUUGAGCGGUUUGUGGUGGGGGGCCCGUGCAGUGAUGAUGGAUGUGUUUUCAUGAGAUUGGUGUUCUAGGCAGCUGGGUGCUUGUGGUUCAGUGGUUUGAUGGAAAAUGUUUUUCUCAUUUUUGGACGAUUUUUUUUUUUUCCCACGCCUCUCCCUCUCCCGCAGAGACCGUUUGGAUGUUUACACUGAAAAACAAAGUCAGGAAUUUUCGUACAUUCGUUUUCUAAGCUAUCUUCUGUGCGCGAGGGGAGGUGGUGGGAGGAGCUUGUGGUGAGGUGAAGCAUGUCGGUAUCCGUGUCCGUGUGUGUUCUGUUCCGUGCUUUGCUGCAGGUGCUGUGAUGGCCGAACCCACUUCCUUUUGAGGCAAUGAUGCGUGUCGUUUCCUCCUUAUUUGCAUGAAGGAGACAUGACUGUCUUUGCAGUUUUCAGGUGAUGUGUCGUCGUUUGUACUGACAACUAUGGUCGGCGGUGUUUGCCCCUCCCCCUCCCCACCUUUUCUAAGGAAACUCCAUUGUACUUGGAUGCCAUCGUAGUCCCUUUAGGUGUUUCAUUAUUGUUUGAUUUUUUUAAGUUGGAAAAUAGUUCUAUAACUCCUAUAUAGUGAUGAUUUUUGUAACCUUCUCUAGUAAAACCGAUAUUUUUUAUUAUCGUGA